AUGAUGCAGACACUGGGAGAAAAGCGGAAAUGGAGAGAAAACGCCGCCGCGAUCCCGCGUGGCCAGGGCAAAGCAAGCUCCACCCGCUCCACAGUGAUUAUGCGGCGCAACUCAGCCAUCCUCCAGGGAGUGGUGCUGCUAAAAUACAGAUCGCUCGGGCCCUGCCCAAGUGUGCAGGAGCAAGGACCUGCGGCUGGAACCCGGGGCUCCGAAUGCUCCAAGCUGCUCAGCCAGCUAGGACCUGCUUCAGGGCGGCCUCCUGCCGCUCGCCCAUCGGCCAGAGCAGGAGGGGAACAGAGUCCCUGCAAGCGGACUCAGUUCGCCGGGAGACGGCUUCCGGCAUGGGCGGGGCCUGACGAGGCGGAGCAAACGGGGCGGGGCGGAGCCGGAAGAUGGGGCGGGGCGGCGCGCGGGGUGGUGCCGGAAGAUGGGGCGGGGCGGGGCGGUGCCGGAAGAGGGGGCGGGGCUGGUCGGGGCGCGACCCGGAAGUCGUUCUUGGGUUUCGCCCCUCGCGCGGGCAAGGCAGGUUCGGACCGGCCUGGGAGCUACGGUCGUCCAUCUCGCCUCCUCGCCCUCCCCGCCGACAUCAUGCUCCAGUUCCUGUUUGGGUUCGGACGGGCACAGGAGUCAGUCUCCACGGUAACUCCUCCUCUUCUGUUGUUUCAGCUUGGAUUUACUUUGGGCAACAUCGUUGGAAUGUAUCUGGCUCAGAACUAUGACAUACCAAACUUGGCCAAAAAGCUUGAAGAUAUUAAGAAGGACUUGGAUGCCAAGAAGAAGCCACCUAGCUCAUGA